UAACGUUUGCAGCGUUCAAACCCAAGUUGAGGAGUUUUGAAAGUAAAGAAAACGUGAUGAUAGCGAGUGCCUCAGCCCCGGAACGGUGGGGGAGAGAACGACUCGCAGACUCGGACAUUACGUGCUAUAACUGCGGUCAAAAGGGGCAUAAAGCCCAUGCUUGCCCGAACAAAAAUCGCAAAAGACUGUGGUGUAGUUACUGCAAAAGCUCAACGCACAAAGGUGAAAAUUGCAGACGCAAAAAGAGAGACAAUGUUAAACAAGCCACUGAUAAAGAGGACAAUGACGAACACACGUUCAGUGUCCUACAGUUCUACAGAGUACAACGAAAGGGACUGAUGGUUGACACGGGUGCGACAUCGCACAUUAUUACGGACAUUGGACAAUUCAAAAAGUUUGACGACAAAUUCCAGCUGGAGAAACACUACAUUGAGUUUGCAGACGGGGCCAGAGCAAGUGGAGUGGCGCUGAGAAGAGGUGAUGCGGAGGUGUGCUUGAUUGACAGCGAGGGACAUCAGGACAAAUGGAGCUUCGAUCAACUUUCAACAAGGACAGGACGAACUCAUUCACAAGAACGACCAGAGGAACGCUCAGGGGAGGAUGUGGACAUUAUCUUGGCCCGUCUGAAGAGUGUGAAGGCCUUUGAGAAGUUCCACCCCACUCUACUCCAGAAGAUCUGUCUGUGUGGUUUCUAUGAAUGUCUGGAGAAAGGCAUUACAUUGUACAGACAGGGUGAUAUUGGCACUAACUGGUAUGCUGUCUUGUCUGGAUCGCUGGAUGUCAAAGUCUCCGAAACAGCAAACCAUCAGGAUGCUGUCACCAUCUGUACGUUGGGCAUUGGCACAGCUUUCGGGGAGUCUAUUCUGGACAACACGCCACGCCAUGCCACCAUAGUCACCCGAGAGUUUAGUGAACUACUGCGGAUUGAGCAGAGGGAGUUCAGGAGCCUGUGGGAGAAGUAUCGUCCGUGUAUGGCUGGUUUACUGGUUCCUCCCUAUGGUGUUAUUGAGAGUGGACUACACACUGAUAGAAUGCCUGACAAAGAGAAUCUGAGCAACAAUUCCCCAGGAUCAUCGUCCAAACACUUCAAUAAGAAAUCAUUCAUUCAAAAUCACAUCAAACUUCACCCCAAAUCUAUUACACAGAUGGCAUCAGAGAAGAUCUUGCAGGCAGGUAAAGUGUUACGAAAGACCAUCCUGUCCCGAGCACCUCACAUGAUCAGAGACAGGAAGUACCACCUGAAAACAUACAGGCAGUGCUGUAUAGGCACAGAGCUUGUUGAUUGGUUGUUGCAGCACACGUCCUGUGUUCACUCUCGUGUUCAGGCAGUGGGCAUGUGGCAGGUGCUGCUGGAGGAGGGAGUGUUAAACCACGUUGACCAGGAGCUGAGUUUCCAAGAUAAGUAUCUGUUCUAUCACUUCCUGGAAGACAAGAUGGAGGACACUUCCCUCCCCAGUGAGGAUGAGAAGAAAGAGAGUGAUGAAGAGCUGCAGGACACCCUCCUCCUUCUCUCUCAGAUUGGACCUGAUGCCCAUCUGCGAAUGAUCCUGCAGAAACAGCCUGGCCAGAGGACAUUAGAUGAACUGGAGAUCAUUUAUGAGGAGCUGCUGCAUAUUAAAGCCUUAUCUCAUCUUUCCACAACUGUGAAGAGGGAAUUGACUGGCGUUCUAAUAUUUGAGUCCCAUUCAAAAGCAGGCACAGUGUUGUUUAAUCAAGGAGAGGAGGGCACAUCGUGGUACGUCAUCCUGAAGGGCUCUGUUAACGUGGUGAUCUAUGGGAAGGGUGUAGUGUGCACACUUCAUGAGGGUGAUGACUUUGGAAAGCUGGCUCUGGUGAAUGAUUCUCCUCGGGCGGCAUCCAUUGUACUGAGAGAGGACAACUGUCACUUCCUGAGAGUGGAUAAAGAAGACUUCAACAGAAUCCUCAAGGAUGUGGAGGCAAACACAGUGCGUCUGAAAGAGCAUGAAGAGGACGUGUUAGUUUUGGAGAGAAGUAACAGCAGGAGCUCCAGUUCCUCUCCUCUCAAGUACACUGUGAUGUCAGGAACUCCAGAGAAGAUUCUGGAACACCUCCUGGAGACAAUGAAACUUGAUUCCCAAUUCAUAGAGUCAGAUCCGGCUCUGGAUGACUUUUUGCUUAUGCACUGUGUUUUUGUUCCAAAUGCUCAGCUGUGUCCUCUCCUCAUGGCCCACUAUCAUGCUGAGGCAUCUCAGGGCAGUGAACAGGAGCAGAUGGAUUACACACUCAAUAACAAACGCAGGGUGAUUCAUCUGGUGUUAGAGUGGGCUGCCAUCAACACAGACCAUCUGCAGGAGGAGGACAGCUCAUACAACUUCCUCCAGGAAUUCUAUGAGACAGUAUGUGAAGAUUACAGAAUAAUCCCAGCUCUGAAAGAUCAGCUGUCUGAACUGGAGAAGAUCAUCAAGCAAAAUUCAGAUGAUGGCAGGCCCUCACAGAAAAAGCACAAAGUUCUUCUGCGUCAGUUCAGUAUGGGGAAUGACAGGCUGCAGAAGCGACAGCCAAUCUGGAGCACAGAUGAGAUCCUCUUUAAAGUGUACUGCAGUGAUCACACCUACACCACUAUCAGAGUGCCUGUCGCUGCAUCUGUCAGAGAGGUCAUCUCCGUGGUUACCGAUAAACUGGGGUCAGGUGAUGACCUUCUGCUCAUUCACAUGAGCUCAGCUGGAGAUAAAGUGCUUCUGAAGCCAUGUGAUGUGUCUGUCUUCUCUUCACUGAGCAUUAAUGGCCGUCUGUUUGUCUGCCCGAGAGAUCAGCUCAACUCUUUGUCUCCACUACCUGAGCAGGAGGGACCAUCUGUAGGAUCCAUGUCUACGUUUGAGCUCAUGAGUUCUAAAGAUCUGGCUCAUCAGAUGACCCUCUAUGACUGGGAGCUCUUUGACUGUGUACAUGAGCAUGAGCUGAUCUAUCACACAUUUGGGCGUAAGCAUUUCAAGAAGACCACGGCUAAUCUGGACCUGUUCCUGCGGCGGUUUAAUGAGAUCCAGCUGUGGGUCGUGACAGAGGUGUGUUUGUGUCCCACACUCAGCAAACGAGUCCAACUGCUCAAGAAGUUCAUCAAGAUCGCUGCACACUGUAAAGAGUUUAAGAAUCUGAACUCAUUCUUUGCCAUUGCCAUGGGCCUGGGAAACCCAGCUGUCUGCAGACUCAGUCAAACAUGGGAGAAACUGCCCAGCAAGUUCAAGAAGUUUUAUGGAGAGUUUGAAAAUCUGAUGGAUCCUUCCAGGAAUCACAGAGCAUAUAGACUAACAAUGGCCAAGUUAGAACCACCAAUCAUCCCUUUCAUGCCUUUAUUAAUUAAAGACAUGACUUUCAUACAUGAGGGUAACAAGACGUUUAUUGAAAGAUUGGUGAACUUUGAAAAAAUGAGAAUGAUUGCUAAUACAGUUAGAAUCGUGAGACACUACAGAAGCCAGCCUUUCGAUCAAGAAGCACCUCAGGUGACCGGUAAGAACCAUCAGGACGUGCAGAGGUAUGUGCGUCACAUAAGUGUGAUUGACAACCAGUGCACCUUAUCACAGCUCUCUCAUCGGUUGGAGCCACCCCGGACCUGAGCUACAUUCAUACCACUAAUGAACAACUAUAUCAGUGCUGCUUUUCCUCUGCCAGUCAAUAAGCUAUAGCUUCCUCCCCUGUAGCAUAUUCACACUACAGAUGAACAUGCUUCAAACAAGGGCUUUCUGUUGUUCUGGGCUGGUCGUUUGAAAAUGUUGCUUUAUUUCAGAAGGCAAUCAUUCUGUAGGAUGUUUGGACCUACAUUUGUGACUUUUGUUAUAUUUUGCCACAGUUAUGAUGUUGCCUCUUUCAAAAUGAUCUUUUAACAAUUUGUCAGCUUUAAACUCUUAAAAAGUGUUUUGAUUAAGUCAUACAAGUCAUUGACUUUUGGAAUGACAGGAGGGUGAGUAAAUGGUGACAGAAUUUUCAUUAUGGGUUAACCAUUCUUUUAAGAAGGACUUUCUGAGCAUGUAGAAUUUGUUGAUCUGAGAUCAAUAAUAACAAAGCAUUUUGUUUUUAAAUGAGAUUUUUUUUAAAUGUUGAUUAUGGAAUUUUUAAUGUAAAUUAUAUUAAGGUAUUUAUAUAAUUAUAAGCAUGAAGUAAAUAGACUAAAUACUGACAUAAGGAUUGCCUGCAAAGUUUAUACCUCUGUGUGCAUUGUGUAAAUAAAUUUGC